GUGGAUUUGGUGUCUGUUUCUCCAAACGUCCUGGACUCUGGGUUACAUUUCAGCUCUUGGUUGAGUUGGAGCUGUGGAGCCGAAACACAGUCGGCGCUGGAGGAUGUUUGUCACUGUCCUGUUUGGAGACGGCAGGAUGGAAAUGUUAAACCUAAACUGUAAACUGGUCAACUUCAUUCAUCACCUGAAGGAAAAGUGUGGUCUGGACUUCAAAGAGCGCGUGGAGCUGAUGGACAGCGGGGGCCGCGUGAUGAACCUGGAGCCGCUGCAGCACAGCGGGGCCCCGGCCAGCAGCGUGCUGGCAGCCAGGCGGCUCUACGUCCUCCUGCGGGUCUGCCAAGGAAGUGAAGAAUUGGGGGGUUGCAGAUAUGUCUCUCUCCUGAACAACACCAAGAGCCACCCUGAGUUUACAGAACUGCUGAAGAAACUAUCAAAUCCCAACAAGGAGACAGAGAGAAAGGUCAGAAGAGCGCGGACACAAAGGAGUAAAAACAUCUCAACUGUCAGGAAUAAGAAAUCUUGAAUAUUUAUCAUUUCCUUGACUACUUAAUGAAUGCCUUAUUGUUCCUUAGCUUGUUGGUUUUCACAUCAAAAAGUGAACUAUCUCACAGCAUGUUAUUAAUCAAAGCCAACAGGUUAAAGAAAUGUUUCCACUGUCAGUAAUCGGCUCUGUCAACCAACAUGUAAUGUACCGAUUUAGAUGAUGAAAGACGUUUAUAUUAACACCAACCAAAGUCUAAUGUCUAUUUUGCUUUCAAGAUUCACUCUGUUAGAUUCACUGUUAGAUUCACUCUCCUUACAAGACUGGAGCUUUGUGAAGAAAAAGAAGAGGUGAAUUCAAAGAAGUGUGUGAUGUGCUGAGUUUUUCCAAAACUCAGCACAUCUCACACUGUCCAAUCACUGUAAUAUAUGAAAGUUUUCUGAUCUCCCUCUCAAUUUAUGCAUACUUUUUAAUUUCUGCUGCUGUUAAAAUGAACGCCUGGCUCCACGUUGAUGCGUCUCCUUGUUGUCGUGUCAUGACAAUAAGAGACUAAUGUCCAGUGAAUCUCAGUGUCAUCCAUUCAGAGUAAUGUGACUGACCAGCAGCAAGUAGAGCAGGUCUGUGAAAUGGGAGGAAACUUUUCUGGUCGUCUCAUUUUUUCUCUCACUGCAGCUUUAAAUCAUUUUAAAUAUGUCUGCACCAGCUUUGCAUAUCAAGAAAACAAAGAAUAUUGCCCAUAAUAUAGGUUUUAGGAAGGAAUAUUGUGAUUUAUUAUUAUUAUUUAUUGUCAACAUGCUGCUAAACACAAUUUGAAGAACAUAAAUUUUCAGACUAUUAUUUUAAAGCAAAAAAAAAAAAAAAAGAGACAGAAAUAAACCGUUUCAUCAUAGCAACG